CUUGAUUCUCCGUAUGUAAAUCUUUAAACCUUUCAAACCGUGCACUCGAAAGGUUAGACUCACUCAGCUCUCGGAUUAUCGAGGUUUGUGUUUGCUUCUGAGGUGCACCUGCCAAAGCUUCUUUACGAUACCACAAUCGGAAGCCGCUGUCGUUGGCAAGCACAGCCUCAUCUGCAGUUUAAGCACACCACGUUCAGCCCAGCCCAACCUUGCCUGAAAUCCACAUCUGGUCCCAGUCUGUCCCAAUCAGCACCAGUCUUCUCUACUCGCAAAGAGGUACCUACCAGCACGGCGUGACGGUAGCAUCUACGGACUGCAAACACUAGACUCUACAGGCACUUGCCACCGCCCGGGCUGCACGCUCCACCCGUCCUUGUUUCAUCUUCCCUCCUCACGGUCCCGUUGGCGCAUGGCGACCAACAUCCGAGCCCUUUCCCUCACAUUCCUGGCUCAAGCCUGAUUUCCAUCUCGUCCUUGCCUCCUUGCACUCCGUCGUCCGAACCAUGACCCCGACGGCGUGGUGCCAUUUCCGUCAAAAUCAUGGACGAAGACGACCGGGCGGAUGACGCUGCACGAGACCAUGACGGUCACGGCAGUCUCAAGUCAACGCGACGAGAUCGCUUUAAGGGCGCUCUAGCCCGUACUAAGAGCAAGUUUAAAAAGGCCGGAGAUCGACUUCAAGAGAAGGACUCUUCAAACAAUGACAAUGUCGAUGAUUUCCUCGCCGCAGGUCGGCCCUCCCUGUCAGGCCAUCCCUCUAACACUAUCCCUCCCGACUCGUCCCACAACCCCCAUGAUACCAGCAUUCCUUCGAUUACGCCUACUGGGGACUCGGCAUCCCCCCGACCAUCCACGUCCGACUCUUCCUCCUUCCAAUUCGCGAGACAGUCUCCGCGGAAGAUUGUGGUUCCACGGAUCGAUGUGAGCACUUCUCCGCGCUACCCUUCUGCCCAACCAAUCUCAUCUGCAGAGACCACCACUCCGUACAGUGGAGGCGGGGAGAGCAAUAGCUUUCUACAGGCCGAUUACAAGACGAGGAGUAUGUCCUCCAGCUCUCUAGCUAAAGGCAAACGGCGAGGACGAGGAUUGAGUGUCACCUUUAUCGAGGCCCCUCCCACUGUCAUUGGGAUUGGCGGUGACGACGCUCCAGCCCCAACGGUGGAAAUCUCAAAGGCACGGGCGAGAGCGAGAUCAGUCUCGCCUAUGUCCUCCCGCACACAGCCCGUCAAAGCGACCAGCCCAACUUCUCGUGACCUCGACAUGAGCUCGAAUGGACCUCGACCUAAUCCUGCCCCACCCUUUGCAAUACCCGGCGGAGCAUCUCGUCAGAGUCCCCCCGACAUCCUUCGGCCUCGCGCAUUGCACAGGAUUCAGACUGGUCUCGAACCGAACAACGCGAUUGGCAUGUCCGACCUCGACAAAGAGUUUGCCAUGACGUUGAAAAUGGAGUCACCCGCAAGCUCCACAGCAUCGCCUGCAAGCCCGGAAAUCAUCGCUCCAAAGCCCUAUCGGCCGAUCCAACCUCCUCCAGUCAUGGAAGAUCCCGGCGCCCCUUCAGUCGGACAUGGGUUGGAGGAGGCGGCUGUGGUGGGCAGUCGGACAGAAGAUACGGCACCAUCUCAAAGGUUCUACAGUGGACGAGAGCGGGUCGGCCAUCAUCACCACGGCAGUACUCCCAACUCGGCGACCAGUGCUUCAGAAAGUCAGGGGAAGCGGUGGGGUUGAUGUGCAGAUUCAUCUACAGAGCUUGAAUACUCGUUGAAAGGUUGAUAUCGCGCCUAAAAGGCUUAUAUUUAAGAUUAUACGGAAGCGUCAACCGCGGUCAAAGCCUUGAAGCCUUGGAUGAGAUCAUCUAGAAGAUCUCUGUCAUCUUCUAUCCCAAUACUGACCCUCAAAAGGUCCUUCUCCACGGAAUCGUCAGUCAUGGUCCGCCACUCAAUCAAACUUUCAACCCCACCGAGAGAAGUGGCAUGAUGAAAGAGAUGCAGCUUGCUAGGCAGCCGCUUUGCUAACUCGGGAGUCUUGAGAGUGAUGGAGAAGACGGCGCCGAAACCGUUAGGCAUCUGCUUGCCCAGCCAGGACUUGUAGUCUUGGGUCUGCAGGCUGGCGUGGUAGACCUUCUUCAAGACGGAGCGAAUGAUUUCUGCGUCUGACUGGGACAGGCCAGUGCCCACGGUGUGACCGGUGAGUGCCCCGUCAAGGGCAUCGACUAUUCGCCUAGCAUUCUCACUCUGCUUCAAGACGCGCAACUCAAGAGUGCGGACGCUGCGGACGCCCAGCCAGCCUUCGAGUCCUCCCAUGACAGAGCCCAAGAACAGUCGGUCGCUGACAAGUUGUGGGAUCCAUUCCUUGUUGCGCACGGCGAGAAUUCCGCAGAGAAGAUCAGAGUGUCCACCAAUAUAUUUGGUGCCCGAGUGCAUCACAAUAUCUGCACCAUGCUUGAAAGGGUCUUGCAAUGGUGGAGGGGCGAAUGUGGCGUCUACACUAAGAUAUGCUCCUCUAGAAUGGGCAAUGUCGGCAUAGUGCUGGAUAUUGUAUGCUAAACCGGUCGGAUUGAUGGGUGUUUCGAGGUGGACGAGAUCACCCUUUUGAAUCUCCUCAGGAGCAGAAUCAAGGGCAAUGACCUGGAGGCCUGAUGUUCUUUGGUGUAACUUGAGGACGCCGUGACAACCAUGGUAGCCGGCGGUUAUGGCAACCCUCCGAGGAUUGACAAAGGUGAUCAGGGCAUUGAAUGCGGCAAGACCAGAGGAAUAUGUGAGGGCGGGAUUUUUAAGCAGGACGCUUAGGAUGGCUUCCAAUCGUGUGGUGGAAUGGGUGGUGUGUCUAGAAUAGAUAUGUUUCGUGGGAUCGUGAGCAGCGUCUGUUUGCUCGUGGGUAGGGAAUAAUUGAUUAGGGUCUCGAGGAUAUCGAAAGGUAGUGCUAACGUGAAUGGCGGGAGCGACGUCGUCGACAAUAUUCAGAGGGUCGUCGGCGUGUACUGCAGCAGUAGCAGGGGAGAGAGAGCUGAUAUCGAGGUGUUCAAAUGCCAAAUUGGUCACAUCGUCAGAUGGCGCAGACGUGAGGUGAUCGAGCUGGUCCUCUUGGACGUGGGGUUGACGCACCCCAUUUGUAGCCAUUGCGGUGUGUGCAAGUCAGAGCGUGGAGAUAUAGUAGCUGAAGAGUUGGUGCAAAAAGCCCGUGCUCACAGUGGACAAGAUAUGUGAAGAGGUAGUGGUUUAGAGAGGUGGGAGGGAGUGGAGAGAAGGUACUUCAGUUGACGACGACGACGACGCGGAUGUUAUGU